AUGGUAAAGGGAUCCCUACGGCCUGCACGUUCACAGAACUUGAAGGAGAGAACCCGCAGCCGAUCUAAUAUACCGAUCACGCCUCGAGAGGGCCACAGCAGGUGGACCAAGGCGGAGCGCGAGUACCUGGUGUCCGAGCGCAUGAAAGAUCCGCCUACCCCUUGGGAUGACAUUGUCAGGGUUGGUCACUUCUUUUCUUUCUCAUCCCAUCUUCUUGGAGAGACCUCGCUCCCUCCGGUAUCCGGUAUUCAGCGACUGGGUAAGAGAUUCAAAGUCGACGGCUAUGUGCGACACAACGUGUCUAACUGCCAGGAGGCGUGGGAAAAACACAUCAGAGACUCCCAGCCCGUCAGGAGCUCUCCACGUCUCAACCGCCUGAAGGAGAAAGUCGACAAGGCCAAGUCUGAGUCUGUCGAGGCCAAGCCUGAGCCUGUCGAGGAUGAGCCCAAGCCUGUGAAAGACGGGACUGAUCCUGUCAAGCUUGUCAAAGAGUCAGAGUCUCCCAAGAAGGGCAAGCGUGCCGUCGAGGAGGAUGACGACGGAGACUCCGAGCCUGCUUCGCCUGCAAAAAAGGCCCGGUCUGUCAGCAAGUCCAAGGCUGUAUGA